GGGGUUUUGACAGCUCCGAGCGUAAACUCCAUUUGUAGAGAAUGGCGGCGGACUCGCGAUGACGUUAACGUCCGUUCGCCAUACAUGGCCAGAGAAAGCCAAUAAGAGUAGGGAAACGUCGUGUUUGAAAAAUAUGUAACCCAGAGCGUUGAAGGUUUUUAUUUUUAUUUUUUUUUAAAAACACACACCGCCCUGAGUCAUGUUCCGUGUUUUGUCUUCCUCUGACAGAGGGUGGGGCCGGCGACGUGUCUGUGGGCGCGUCCUAACGCUGCGUGAUUCACAAACCGUACUACUUUGAGCGCCAUCUUGUUUGUAACUCCUCUACGUAAGUGGCUGGGUUUGUGCAGAGAAGGAGGAGGAUCCGAUUACUUCAUUUUUUCGGUUUGUUUCUCCCCCCCUCCCCCCCAGAGUUAGUCUGGGAACCUCUUCCCGUACUGUACUACACGGACGCGGACCUCUCCUUCGCUGUUUUCUCCACAGGAAAAUCCGGGCAGUGUUUUUUUUUAUUUGCCACUGGAUAGAAAUGAGCAUCGAAACGCUUCUGGAAGCUGCCAAGUUUUUGGAAUUACAAGCCCAGCAGCAACAGAGAGCACGUGAGGAUGAAGUGAAAGCAAAGCUGCUUCUGCAGCAGAAGACUGAGUAUAUUUACCCUGAUGUGACUUAUAACUCUACACCGCACAUCAACAAUGUCCCCAAAGCAGAAGAACGUCUCACCGAGUGCCGCCCACCACCCAUACCUCCCUCCUUACCUCCCUCUUCUAUGCCCGUCACUGUCUUGCCCAUCCCUGUGGUUACCCCUACCCCCACAGGGUCACCCUCUUUGCCAGUCACCACCCUUUCACCUCCAGCUGCUCCGUCACUGGCCUUCCCUAACAGAGAUCCUCAGUCCCCUCAGGAGCAAAGCGCAGCGGCCGUGAGGUGCUCCCCGCCUCUCAAAGCCGACUACCCAACUCCUGCGGUGACAGUCAACCAUCAGCAGCCCAUCCAAAACCAUCACAACCCCUCGCUGCUCGUCGACCAAAACACUCAAGUGCAGCAGCAGCCGACGCCACCGCAGCAAGUGGUUCAGUGCUAUGCAGGUUCAAUCAUCUCAACCCCUCAGCAUCAAGCUUUACUUCCCCAUCCUAGCCCCUUGCUCCAGCCCACUGCCCCGCAGAACGGCACCGUCAGCCGGGGGAGUCCGCCUGACGACAUCCGUCACCUGGACAGUAAGAAGAGACCCGGAGGGGCCGGCACAAGAGAAGUGCACAACAAACUAGAGAAGAACAGGCGAGCGCACCUGAAGGAAUGCUUUGAGACGCUGAAAAAGAACAUCCCGAACAUCGACGAGAAGAAAACCUCCAACCUCAGCGUGUUGAGAAGUGCACUCAGAUACAUUCAGACGUUGAAGCGCAAAGAGAAGGAGUACGAGCACGACAUGGAGCGGCUGGCCAGAGAGAAGAUCGCCACGCAGCAGCGGCUGGCGGAGCUGAAGAACGACGUGAGCCAGUGGAUGGACGUGGUGGAGAUUGAGCGCGUCCUCAGACAGACGGGGCAGCCGGAGGAGGACCAGGCCUCCACCUCCACCGCUUCAGAGGGUGAGGAAGGAAUGGAGGAAGACCUGGAGGAAGAGUCGGCUCAGAGAGCGCCGCGCACCUCGCCCGCUGCGCCCCACACCAUGAAGCCCGAGCUGCUCAAGCUCGUCACCCAGACUCCAGCUGUGAUCCCCGCCACCACCGCCUCCAUUAUCACCCAGCACAUCUCCACCCUGAACAAAGCCCCCCUGCUGCAGCCCCUCCCACUGAACCCUGUAGCCCCGCCCAUCCUCCCCGCCCUGGCAUCCAGCGCUCCCAGCCCUCCAUCCGUUCCCUCCAAGCCCGUGGCCAGCCUGCACCCCACGGUUAUCGCCCACGCUUCGGUCUCCCACCCCUCCGUCAUCCAGGCAGUGAACCACGUUCUCCACGGAGGGGCCCCCAAACACGUGACCCUUGCCCCCUGUACCACCAGCAGCUCCGUGCAGCUGGCCCCCAGUCCGCAGCCCAUUGGCCACAUCACCGUUCACCCGGUGGCCCACCUGGGGCAGCACAUCCCGGCCCUCUACCCGCAGCCGGUGGCGGUCACGCAGUCGGCCGUGGUGGGCCACAUCGCCCACCCGCACGUCAACGGGACCUCCUCCACCCAGGCCACAGCCGCCGCAAUAGUCGGCAAGCAGGGGGCGGUGAAUCAGAUGAUGGCGCACCAUCCGCAGCUAAUGGGUCAGACGGUGCUUAACCCCGUAACCAUGGUGACGAUGCCCUCCUUCCCCAUCAGCACUUUGAAGUUGGCCUGAGAGGCGUGGAAAGACUGGGAUCAGCAGGGCAGGACGCUGCAGACCGACAGCAGCCAGGGAGCCAAUCCAGGCUGCAUGAGGUCAUCAGCAUGCGCCCACAGCAAACGGGUGCAUGUGCUUUUUUUAGACAGAGAAGCAGAAGAUGUUGUCACAUCAUGAUCUGAGCUGGACUCUGAUUUAGAGCAGCUCCUCCUCCAGCAGCAGCAGCAGCACAUGCUGCAGGGCUGGAGCUAAAUCCCGGACUGACUCAACCUUCUGCACCACAGCUGGAGUCAGCGCUGACGCUGCGCACGGCUACAGCGCCCCCUCCUGUCAGUGCGGUGUAAAACCACUCCGAUCAUGAAUAUACUGAAGGCUAAUAACCAGAUAACGCUCUUACAGUAAAAUAAUGUGCAGUUUUGGUUUCGACAAUCACAGUUUUCGCUGUUCCCUCCAGUCGUACACAUGUAGAGUUGUGUUUUUGUUACUGCUUAGAGUACCAAAUAUUUUUGCCAAAUAGAAUCAGUCGCUGCGUCGAACUACCCAGCAGCCUGGUUUAUAUAUUUUUAUGACCGCAGCAGAAAUGCGGACGCUCAUAAGAAACGCAUUGAUCCACAGCGACUACUCUGACAUGGGUAUAAACUUCAGCACCAGAUGAGAUGAAUCAUCUUUUAACAAAGCCUGCACUGUGAACAUUUCUACUGUGUGAGUGCGGCGACACGCAGCUCUCUCAACCUGAAUGUACUGAUCUGUCCCAGACGCCAAGAUCACGUUACUAAAAUAUACGUGGAGUGAAAUAUUUACAGCUGAAUUUUUACUGUUGCUUAUUUGUCCUGAUGAAUAAUUUGUGUUUAAUGUAAAUUUUCUAAUUGUUUUCCACUGGGACCAUGUAAAAAGAAAAUAUUGCUGUAUAUUACGGUGGCGACGGCCACACAGACCUCCAGAAUCACAUUCGGCCACUUUAACAGAGUUCUCCCUCAUGUUUUUGUAUUUUGUAAUAUUACCGCAGGGACAUUUUUUUCCCCUUUUCCAGGACAAAAUACAAAAAAAAAAAAAAAUACAAAACUUCUCCCAUUGUCAUUAGUAUAUGCAAAUGAUUUUUGGUCGACUGCAUUUUUGUGCCGCGUCGCUGCAAAACUAACCGGAAAGUUCACAGGGAUAAAUGUACUUGAAGAAGCAUCAGAGUACCGGUGUGUUUUUCCCUAUGGAGAAAGUUCAAGGUGUAAAUAAGUUUGUAAAUGUUGGACUGCCUAUAGAUCUAACUGUAUUAUGUAAUAAAAAAUAAAUAAAAAAACACUCUGAAGAAUGUCAAAUAUAAAAUUUAUAAAAUAAAUUCUAUUAUGUUUACAAAU